GGGAACUGUCUCACUGGAAAGGAUGAAAAAAGACUGAGCAGCCAUGGAUUUCCUCUGUACUACCUAGAUAUUACUUCUAUCAUCACUAUCUGUUCGGGCUCCGACUCUUCAGAGGUGGCGAUAUUGUGCUUGACUUGGUCGCCGAGAGAAAGGGAUGAGAGAUGUCUGACAAAAUGUCGAGUUUUCUUCACAUUGGAGAUAUAGUCUCCUUGUACUCGGAAGGAUCUGUCAAUGGGUUCAUCAGUACUUUAGGCCUUGUAGAUGACCGAUGUGUGGUGCAGCCAGAUGCUGGAGACUUGAACAACCCACCUAAGAAAUUCAGAGACUGUCUCUUUAAGCUAUGUCCCAUGAACCGAUACUCUGCUCAGAAACAGUUCUGGAAAGCAGCUAAGCCUGGGGGCAAUACAACUACAGAUGCAGUGCUGCUCAAUAAGCUACACCACGCUUCAGACCUGGAAAAGAAACAGAAUGAAUCUGAAAACCGGAAGCUGCUCGGAACCAUUAUUCAAUACGGCAAUGUUAUUCAGCUGUUGCAUCUGAAAAGCAAUAAGUACCUGACUGUAAACAAGAGACUACCAGCCCUAUUAGAGAAGAAUGCUAUGAGGGUUACACUGGAUGCUGCUGGCAAUGAAGGCUCCUGGUUUUACAUCCAGCCAUUCUACAAACUGCGGUCCAUAGGUGACAGUGUUGUGAUCGGAGACAAAGUAGUAUUGAACCCAGUCAAUGCUGGACAGCCACUACAUGCCAGCAAUUGUGAACUUGUUGACAAUCCUGGUUGUAAAGAGGUCAACUCUGUAAAUUGCAACACUAGUUGGAAAAUUGUUCUUUUCAUGAAAUGGAGUGAUAAUAAGGAAGAUAUUUUGAAAGGGGGUGAUGUUGUGAGGUUAUUUCAUGCUGAGCAGGAGAAAUUUCUGACCUGCGAUGAGUAUCGCAAGAAACAGUAUGUAUUCCUCCGGACCACUGGCCGACAAUCUGCAACAUCAGCAACAAGCUCCAAAGCAUUAUGGGAGGUUGAGGUAGUUCAGCAUGACCCAUGUCGUGGAGGAGCUGGACAUUGGAACAGCCUCUUCAGGUUCAAACACUUAGCCACUGGAAACUAUUUGGCUGCUGAGGUUGGCGAUGCAAACCCGGAUUACCAAGAAGAUUGUCAAGACUCCCGCUCUUCGAUUGACUCUGAUCAGGAGGCCAUGAGAAACAGAAUGCGCAUUCUCCAAGAGAAGGUGAUGUACACACUGGUGUCUGUGCCUGAAGGGAAUCAUAUCUCUUCCAUCUUUGAGCUCGAUACAACUACUCUGCAAAGAGGGGACUCGCUUGUUCCGAGGAAUUCGUACGUUAGACUCCGGCAUCUCUGCACAAACACAUGGGUUCACAGCACAAAUAUUCCAAUUGAUAAAGAUGAAGAGAGGCCUGUUAUGUUGAAGAUUGGCACCUCUCCAACUAAAGAAGAUAAAGAAGCGUUUGCUAUUGUACCAGUUUCACCAGCUGAAGUGAGAGACUUGGACUUCGCCAACGAUGCCAGCAAGGUAUUGGCCUCAAUAGCUGGCAAGCUUGAGAAGGGCACCAUUACUCAGAAUGAAAGACGCUUUGUCACAAAGCUUCUGGAAGAUUUGGUGUUCUUUGUUGCGGAUGUUCCAAAUUCAGGUCAAGAUGUGCUUGAAGUGGUCAUCAACAAACCAAACAGAGAGCGACAAAAGCUUAUGAGAGAGCAAAAUAUUCUGAAACAGAUCUUUAAGCUGCUUCAGGCCCCGUUCACAGACAGUGGUGAUGGCCCUAUGCUGAGGUUGGAGGAGCUCGGAGAUCAGAGGCAUGCUCCAUUCCGCCAUAUCUGCAGGCUGUGUUACCGCGUGCUGAGACACUCCCAGCAGGACUACAGAAAGAACCAGGAAUACAUAGCAAAGCAGUUUGGCUUCAUGCAGAAACAAAUUGGAUAUGAUGUGCUGGCUGAAGACACCAUAACAGCAUUGCUACACAAUAACCGUAAACUCUUGGAGAAACAUAUCACUGCAGCUGAAAUCGAAACCUUUGUUAGCCUGGUCAGGAAAAACCGAGAGCCAAGGUUUCUAGAUUACCUCUCUGACCUCUGUGUGUCCAACAACACAGCCAUUCCAGUUACCCAGGAGCUCAUCUGCAAGGCUGUGCUGAAUCCAGCUAAUGGGGACAUUCUUAUUGAGACAAAGCUAGUCUUGUCCAGAGUGGAAUUUGAAGUGGAGAAUGGUGGGGAAAGUCGGCUUGAAGUGGGUGAAGAUGAGGAAGUGUGGCUCUUCUGGAAUGACAGCUGCAAGGAGCUACGCAGCAAGAGUAUCCGGGAAUUAGCUCAGGAUGCCAAGGAGGGACAAAAAGAGGACCAGGAGGUUCUCAGCUAUUAUAGAUACCAACUGAACUUGUUUGCUCGGAUGUGCUUGGAUCGUCAGUAUUUGGCCAUCAAUGCAGUCUCUGGACAGCUGGACGUGGAUCUGAUCCUUCGCUGCAUGUCCGAUGAGAACUUGCCCUAUGACCUCCGAGCCUCUUUCUGUCGCCUGAUGUUACACAUGCAUGUUGAUCGAGAUCCCCAGGAACAGGUGACUCCAGUGAAGUAUGCCCGCCUGUGGUCUGAAAUACCAUCCCAGAUAGCCAUCGAUGAUUAUGAUUCCAGUGGGACAUCCAGAGAUGAAAUAAAAGAACGUUUUGCUCAGACUAUGGCAUUUGUGGAGGAAUAUUUGAGAGAUGUUGUCUGCCAAAGGUUUCCCUUCUCUGAUAAAGAGAAGAACAAGCUGACAUUUGAGGUUGUGAAUUUGGCUCGAAAUCUGAUCUACUUUGGCUUCUACAGUUUUAGUGAUCUCCUGAGGUUGACUAAAAUAUUACUGGCCAUUUUGGACUGUGUUCACAUGGCAACGGUUUUCCCAAUCAGCAAACUGGUGAAAGGGGAUGACAACAGAGGCAGUAAUGUGAUGAGGUCAAUUCAUGGAGUUGGCGAGUUGAUGACCCAAGUGGUUUUGAGGGGAGGUGGUUUUCUGCCUUUGACUCCCAUUACGCCACAGGAUGGAUCAACCAAGCAACAGACUGAGCCUGAGAAGGAGGAUAUUUUAGUCAUGGACACAAAGCUAAAAACAAUUGAGAUCUUGCAGUUCAUCCUGAAUGUUCGUUUGGAUUACAGAAUCUCCUGCCUUCUGUCCAUAUUUAAACGAGAGUUUGAUGAAAGCAAUGCACAUCAUCAAUCAACCGACUCCCCACCAAGUAUCGGAUCAGCUUCUCAGGAGGGUGCAAGUAACGUUCCAGGCACAUUAGAUUUUGAGCACAUUGAGGAACAGGCUGAAGGGAUCUUUGGUGGAAGUGAUGAAAACACUCCAUUAGACCUGGAUGAUCAUGGAGGCAGAACGUUUCUACGGGUCUUGCUUCACCUCACGAUGCAUGACUAUCCACCCCUCGUGUCUGGAGCCCUCCAUCUCCUAUUUAGACACUUCAGUCAGAGGCAAGAAGUUCUUCAAGCAUUUAAACAGGUCCAACUGCUUGUCACCAGCCAGGAUGUGGAAAAUUACAAACAGAUCAAAGCUGACCUGGACCAACUGAGGUUGCUGGUGGAGAAGUCGGAGCUGUGGGUCUACAAGGGCCAUGCCCAUGACGAGGUGAUGGAAGCGGGUGAGAGUUCCACGAGCAGCAGUGAACUGAAGAAGAAGAAGGAGGGCGACUUUGCGAAAGGUCAGAUCGCCAGCUCUGAUGUGGUGCCCACAAUUGAAAGCACCAGCAGCAAGAACUAUCGAGUCAUAAAGGAGGUUUUGAUCCGACUCAGCAAGUUGUGCGUGCAAGAGGGCUCGUCUGUGAGGAAGAGCCGCAAGCAGCAGCAGAGACUACUGAGGAACAUGGGGGCUCAUACUGUCGUCCUUGACCUUCUGCAGAUUCCCUAUGAAAAGGCUGAGGACAUUCGAAUGCAAGACAUCAUGAAGCUGGCACACAAGUUUCUGCAGAACUUCUGCGCUGGUAACCCACAGAACCAAGCCCUCCUUCACAAGCACAUCAACCUUUUCCUAACUCCAGGGAUUCUGGAAGCUGUGACCAUGCAGCACAUCUUCAUGAAUAACUACCAGCUGUGCAGUGAAAUAAAUGAGCGCGUGGUGCAACACUUUGUCCACUGCAUUGAGACUCACGGCCGCAACGUCCAGUACCUCAAGUUCCUACAGACCAUCGUGAAGGCGGAAGGCAAGUUCAUAAAGAAGUGUCAAGACAUGGUAAUGGCUGAGCUGGUGAAUGCUGGGGAAGAUGUUCUGAUUUUCUACAAUGACCGAGCCUCAUUCCAAACCUUGGUGCAGAUGAUGCGCUCUGAGCGUGAUCGGAUGGAUGAGAACAGUCCUCUCAUGUACCAUAUUCACUUGGUGGAGCUGCUGGCAGUCUGCACUGAGGGCAAGAAUGUCUACACUGAGAUUAAGUGCAACUCCCUUUUGCCCCUAGAUGACAUUGUAAGAGUAUCAACUCAUGAGGACUGCAUACCUGAAGUGAAGAUUGCCUACAUUAACUUCCUCAAUCACUGCUAUGUGGACACAGAGGUGGAGAUGAAGGAAAUUUACACAAGCAACCACAUGUGGAAGCUUUUUGAGAACUUUCUUGUUGAUAUAUGCAGGGUGUGUAACAAUACGAGUGACCGAAAGCAUGCUGACAAUGUCCUGGAGAGAUACGUCACUGAGACUGUCAUGAGUAUCGUCACAACUUUCUUCAGCUCCCCCUUUUCUGAUCAAAGCACAAGUUUGCAGACUCGUCAACCUAUCUUUGUUCAAUUGUUGCAAGGGGUGUUCAGAGUGUACCACUGCCCUUGGCUGUCGGCUGCUCAGAAAGCUUCUGUGGAGAGUUGCAUUAAGGUGCUGUCAGAAGUAGCCAAGAGCAGAGCCAUAGCAAUCCCUGUGGACUUGGACAGCCAGGUCAACAAUCUCUUCCUCAAGUCGCACAACAUUGUUCAGAAGACUGCCAUGAGCUGGCGAAUGUCAGCCCGCAAUGCUGCUAGGAGAGACUCUGUCCUUGCCGCCUCACGGGAUUAUCGGAAUAUAAUCGAGCGAUUGCAGGAUAUAGUGUCAGCACUCGAAGAUAGGCUCCGUCCCCUGGUGCAAGCAGAACUCUCUGUUCUGGUGGAUGUCCUUCAUCGGCCUGAGCUGCUUUUCCCAGAGAACACAGAAGCACGGCGCAAGUGUGAAAGUGGAGGGUUUAUCUGCAAGCUGAUUAAACACACAAAACAGCUGUUGGAAGAGAAUGAAGAGAAGUUAUGCAUCAAGGUUCUCCAGACCCUUCGAGAAAUGAUGACUAAGGACCGAGGCUAUGGCGAGAAGCUCAUUGCAUUUGACGAUGAAUUGGAUGUGCCGGAGGAACUUGAUCAAAACCUGCCCCAGAAACAGCUGGAGGAUCAAAAACGGGGUGAAGCUCUAAGGCAGAUCUUGGUCAAUCGUUACCACGGCAACGUCAGGUCAGUAGGUAGAAGAGACAGCUUGACUAAUUUUCAUAAUGGCCCACUGUCAGCAGGAGGGAUCAACAAAUCCCUUGAACGAGGAAGUGGUGCAGGACCAGGCACACUGAGCAGAGGUGAAAUGAGCCUUGCAGAAGUACAAUGCCACUUGGACAAAGAAGGAGCAUCAGACCUAGUCAUAGACCUCAUCAUGAAUGCCACCAGUGACCGGGUCUUUCAUGAAAGUAUCCUACUUGCAAUUGCUCUACUAGAAGGGGGCAACACUACAAUUCAGCAUUCGUUUUACUGCCGCUUGACAGAAGAUAAGAAGUCUGAGAAAUUCUUCAAGGUGUUUUAUGACCGGAUGAAGCUUGCACAGCAAGAGAUCAAAGCCACAGUGACUGUAAAUACCAGCGACCUUGGCAAUAAGAAGAAAGACGAUGAAUCUUCAGAGAGGGACGUACCAGUACGAAGAAGAGCCAAAGAACCUACAGCACAACUCAGCGACGAAGUAAGAGACCAGCUGCUCGAGGCGUCUGCCGCCACGCGCAAAGCCUACAACACCUUCCGCCGGGAGGCUGACCCAGAGGACCACUUUGCUGCCGCGGACGGCAACCAAACAGCUGCAGAGAAAAACAAAGAUGAUGGCGAGAUGAGUGCCGUGAUUGCCAUCAUGCAGCCAAUCCUUCGGUUCAUGCAGCUUCUCUGUGAAAACCAUAACCGAGAUCUUCAGAACUUCUUGAGAUGUCAAAACAACAAGACUAAUUACAACCUGGUCUGUGAGACACUGCAAUUCCUGGAUUGCAUCUGUGGUAGCACCACGGGUGGGCUGGGCCUUCUGGGACUCUACAUCAAUGAGAAAAAUGUGUCCCUCAUCAAUCAGACACUGGAGAGCUUAACUGAAUACUGUCAAGGACCCUGCCAUGAGAACCAGAACUGUAUUGCCACCCAUGAAUCGAAUGGAAUUGACAUCAUCAUUGCGUUGAUUCUGAAUGAUAUCAAUCCACUGGGGAAGAAACGAAUGGACCUCGUACUAGAGCUGAAGAAUAAUGCCUCUAAACUGCUAUUGGCAAUCAUGGAGAGCAGGCAUGACAGUGAGAAUGCAGAGAGGAUACUUUACAACAUGCGGCCCAAGGAACUGGUGGAAGUGAUCAAGAAAGCCUACCUCCAAGGAGAGGUCGAGUUUGAGGACACAGAGGAUGGUGAGGAUCAUGCCGCAUCGCCCCGGAAUGUUGGCCACAAUAUUUACAUUCUUGCACACCAGUUGGCACGUCAUAACAAAGAACUGCAGCAAAUGCUGAAGCCUGGAAGUCAAAUGGGCGAAGGAGACGAAGCCUUGGAAUAUUAUGCUAAGCACACAGCUCAGAUUGAGAUUGUGAGGCAGGACCGCACCAUGGAGCAGAUAGUUUUCCCUGUUCCAAAUAUCUGCGAGUUCCUUACUAAGGAAUCUAAACUGCGUGUGUACUAUACCACUGAACGGGAUGAGCAGGGGAGUAAGAUAAAUGACUUCUUUCUGAGCUCUGAAGACCUCUUCAAUGAAAUGAACUGGCAGAAGAAGCUUAGAGGACAGCCAGUUUUGUACUGGUGCUCACGUAACAUGACCUUUUGGAGCAGCAUCUCCUUCAAUUUGGCGGUCCUCAUGAACCUGUUGGUUGCGUUAUUUUAUCCCUUUGAAGGUGUCCGAGGAGGUACUUUGGAGGCACACUUAUCGGGCCUGCUGUGGACAGCUGUCUGUAUAUCUCUGGCCAUCGUGAUUGCCCUUCCGAAACCCCAUGGUAUCCGAGCUUUGAUAGCCUCUACGAUUUUGCGACUUAUAUUCUCAGUUGGUUUAGAGCCAACCCUCUAUUUGUUGGGAGCUUUUAACGUUGGAAAUAAAGUAAUAUUCCUGACUAGCUUUGUUGGAAACAGAGGAACUUUCACAAGAGGUUACAUGGCGAUGGUCCUGGAUGUGGAGUUUCUCUACCACCUAGCGUACACACUAAUAUCUGUGAUGGGACUUUUUGCCCAUGAAUUCUUCUAUAGUCUCUUGCUUUUUGAUCUGGUUUACCGAGAAGAGACAUUGCUGAAUGUUAUCAAGAGUGUCACUCGAAAUGGCCGCUCCAUCAUUCUGACAGCUGUGCUCGCUCUUAUCUUAGUCUACCUGUUUUCCAUAGUUGGCUUUUUGUUUUUCAAGGAUGACUUCAUUCUGGCAGUGGACAAGGUGUCAAACAAGACCUACUGGGCAGAAGAUGCUGCGUCAAUGGCAGAAGAGUUCCUAACUGCUGAUGUCUGUCGGCUUGGCAAUGGAGACAACUGUUCAACACUUUACUCUGUGGAAAGUAACGAGCUGCUUGCAGAGAAUGAAGAGGACUCUGAGCAUACUUGUGAAACCCUGCUGAUGUGUAUCAUUACUGUACUCAGCCAUGGACUGCGAAGUGGCGGAGGGGUUGGAGAUGUGCUCAGGAAACCUUCCAAAGAGGAACCACUAUUUGCUGCUCGUGUGAUCUAUGACCUUCUGUUCUUCUUCAUGGUCAUCAUCAUUGUCCUGAACUUGAUCUUCGGUGUCAUCAUUGACACUUUUGCUGACUUGAGGAGUGAAAAACAGAAGAAGGAAGAAGUUCUGAAAACUACCUGCUUUAUUUGUGGCUUGGAGAGGGAUAAAUUUGACAAUAAGACAGUAACAUUUGAAGAACAUAUCAAGGAAGAGCACAACAUGUGGCACUAUCUAUGUUUUAUUGUCUUGGUGAAAGUCAAGGACUCCACUGAAUACACUGGGCCAGAAAGCUAUGUAGCGGAGAUGAUCAAGGAGCGGAACCUGGACUGGUUUCCACGUAUGCGUGCCAUGUCAUUGGUUAGCAGUGAUGCUGAAGGAGAGCAAAAUGAGUUGCGAAAUCUACAGGAAAAGCUGGAGUCUACGAUGAAGUUGGUCACCAACUUAUCUGGCCAACUGUCGGAGUUAAAAGAGCAGAUGACGGAACAAAGGAAGCAAAAGCAACGAAUCGGUCUUCUUGGCCAUCCUCCGCACAUGAACAUUAACCCACAGCAACCAGCCUAAUGAGUAGACGGCGUGUUCUGUCAAAAUAGAUGGGCUCAGGAUCUUUUACCCAACUACUGAACCAGUAUAAAUCAUCGAAUGUUUACUUGUGUGCACCAUAGGAAUAAAUGACACUCCUUUAUAGUCUUGGUUUUUUGCUACUUAUACCUAGAUCCCUAAGGAACUUUGUUCUGUCUCACUCAUUGACAUGUUCUGCUUCCAUUUCUGCCAAAGAAGGAAUCCCCAAGUGUUCUUCAAAGGUCUCCAUUUGGAAGCAGCAGAGUUGUAUAAUUAAAAAAAAGCACAUUUGAAGAGCCGGCUGUCAAGAUAAUGGGUAGGGCAGAGGUUUUUGUAUGUACAGAAAAAUAGUUGUGUAACCAGUAUUUAAUGUCCUAUUUUUGUAAGUUGACUGUGCAAUAUGACUAAUGAAUAUGCAAAUACUCUAUAUAACUUUGCAUUUGUAGAUGAGCACUGAAAUGUACUACCUGUGAAGAGCCACAUUGUCUUUUGCUAAAUGAAUAGCCACCUGUUUAUUUUCUUUGAAGCUGAGAGAGAAUGAAUGGUAAAUUUUGUAUAUUUGCUGCCUUAGAUUAGUUUUGUAUAAGUACCUCAGUUUACAGAUGGCAGACAAGUUCGUGACCAACAGAGUAGUGUUAAUGACAGAAAAUAUACACAAAGCACUAAUAUUAUACAAGUCAAGCGUGGUAUUGACAGUUGUAAGAUGCAUAAGAAAAGCUAUUUAAUAAAUACGU